CCCGGAACAUCUCUGGGCAACAUGGCGGCGCCCAGCGGCAAGAGAGAACGGGCAGGGAUUCCGCGGCCAGCCGCGUGAAUAGGUGGUUGUCCAACAGGCAAAGGCAUGAGCUGGGCCCAAGCCAUCCUGCUGGCCCGGGGCCUCUCUCGGGGCUGGGGGGGCAUCUGCAGCACUGCCCUCACAGGAGCCCCCUUCUCUCAGGUACCGCCCCAGGCCCCACGGGGCCUCCACUGCAGUGCAGCCGCCCACAGCCCUGACUCGUCGCUGGUCCCACGCCCACCCGAGCCCCCCAGGCGGCCAGUUAAGGCCCUGGCAGUCCACGAGGAGCUGUUCAGGCCCGCGCUGGAUGGGGCACGAGACAAGGCGAACUUCGUGCGGGCGGUGCAGAACUUUGCCGAGUACAACGUGCACAAGCGCGGCCACGUGGACUUCAUCUACCUGGCCCUGCGCAAGAUGCGCGAGUACGGCGUCGAGCGGGACCUGUCUGUCUACAACCUGCUCCUUGACGUCUUCCCCAAGGAGGUCUUCCGGCCUCGCAACAUCUUCCACAGCAUCUUCCUCCACUACCCACGGCAGCAGGAGUGCGGGAUUGCCGUCCUGGAGCAGAUGGAGAACCAUGGGGUGAUGCCCAACAAGGAGACGGAGUUCCUGCUCUUGCAGAUAUUCGGCCGCAAAAGCUACCCCAUGCUCAAGCUGGUGCGCAUGAAGCUGUGGUUCACCCGCUUCAAGAAUAUCAACCCUUUUCCCGUGCCCUGGGACCUGCCCCAGGACCCCGUGGACCUGGCCAGUUUGGCCCUACGGCACAUGGAGCCUGACCUCAGUGCCAGGGUCACCACCUACCAGAUGCCUUUGCCAAAAGACUCCCCCGACGCAAUGGAUCCUACAGAGACCCACAUCGUAGGGAUCCAGAGUCCUGAGCAGCAGAGUGCCCUGGCCCGCCAUGACCCAGCCCGCCCAGUCUUCGUUGAGGGCCCCUUCUCCCUGUGGCUUCGAGACAAAUGUGUCUAUUACCACAUCCUCAGAGCUGACUUGCUGCCUCCCGAGGAGCGGGAAGUGGAGGAGAUUCCAGAGGAGUGGAACCUCUACUACCCGAUGCAGCUAGACCUGGCCUACGGGAGGAGCAGCUGGGAUGACUACGAGUUUAACAUUGAUGAAGUGGAGGAAGGGCCUGUCUUUGCCAUAUGUGUGGCGGGUGCCCAUGACCAGGCCACGCUGGCCAAGUGGAUCCAGGGCCUUCAGGAGACCAACCCAGCCCUGGCCCGGAUCCCGGUGGUCUUCCGCUUGUCAGGGUCCUCCGGGGAGCUCCUGGCAUCCUCAGACCUGGAGGAGCCGCCCCCACCCCCACCUGAAGGCCAGGAAGAAGACGACACUCAGCAGCGACAACAGCAGGGCCAGAGCUGACCCUGGGCGGUCAUGAGAGCAUAGUCCGCGGACUGGUGUGGAGGCAUGAGAUCACCUAUGCGUGUAGAGCAAAUAAAAGUCUUCCUGCUUGGGGCUGCCUUGCCUUCUC